GUAGAUAAACGACUAUUAAGCGAUUAUCGAUUAUCGAUGCUAUUGUGAGUGUCGCUUAGUCGCUCAAUGAGCGACUGUGAAUAGUUUUUAAUCGCUUAUCCUUCUACUGCUAUUUUUGAGUCGAUAGAGUUUGAGUGAGCAAAAUUUUCGUGAUAUAAAUAAAUAAAUAAUGGAUAAAAAAUCAAAAGUGGUUAGCAAUAAGAAGCAACUUGGGCGGCUGGUCCAGCUGAUGCAGGACAAUCAGGACUUGGCGAAAGGAAUUUGCGGCAAGACUCGGGGAAAGCCCAGAUGGGAAGCCAUAGCCGUAGAGCUGAACAGCUUGGGACCACCACUACGUUCAUGGGAAAAGUGGUUAAAGGUUUGGACAGAUUUGAAGAGCAAGACGAAAAAGAAAAUUUCGGAAAACAGGGCAGAAUUUCGUGCAACUGGUGGGGGCCCAAACAGUCUGCACAUUCUCACGCCACUGGAGGAAGGGGUGGCAAGUUUUUUAAGGUACGAUAUUUGUUCGGACCCACCAGGUCAAGAAAUCGGACACAAUGCAAUUGUUCAAUCGGAGGAAAUCCCAGAGGAGCAGGUAGCUUGUGGUAGUGAUUACAUCACAAUAUCUGGGGAAGAUUGUGAAAUGCGUGAAACCCAGGAGACCGAAAUUUCUGAAGUGCAUCGUACUCCAAGAAGAAGAAAAGUUGCCAAUUCUACUGCAAAUGAUAGGAGAAUUGCAUUACUAGAAACGCAAGUAAACAACCAAGCGAAGCAUUUUGAGGCAAUGGAAGAAAGUGCAAAUAAUAUAAAAAAGAGCCUGAAGUAUAUAGAAAGUUCUGUAAGGAAGUCAUACAACCUUCAAAAAGAAAAUCUGGCUAUAGAGAAAGAGAAACUAGAAUUAAAAAAACAAAAACUAAUGCUUCUUAAAGAAGAGGUUGCAAAUAAAAACAGACAUAGAACUGAGAAACUGAAACUAAAAGUUCAACUAUUGCAGCUGCAAAAAGAAAACGUUUCCUCGUUAAUUUUGUAAGUAUACAUUUAAGGCUUAGGGCCAUUUUCACCAUCUCUGGUUAACACUAAUCCCCAGUUAAAUAUCGUUACCGACGGUACUGACUCCAUUCACUUAACAUUGGGUCGGUAACGUCGGUAACAAUGGUUAUCUGGGGAUUAGUGUUAACCAGAGAUGGUGAAAACGGCCCUUAAAGGCAAACUUUGUGAUUUUAAAUUUAACUGAAAUGGUAACAUACAGUCUUUUGCAAAAGUAUGCAACAAAAUUCUACUUAAUUUAUUUUGUCAUCUAAUUUUACUGAUUU